AUGAGCAUUUCUAAAUUUGCUACGCUCGGAGCCCUGGUCAGCUUCGCGGCCGCCUGGCUACCAGAGACCAACAAGCAAAUCACAGCCAACAAUGGCACAAACCUCUUUUCCAAGUCCAACGGAAAAAUCCGCGGCGUGAACACGGGCUCUCAGUUUAUCUUCGAGCCCUGGAUCGGCGAAUCCGCCUGGUCCGACAUGGGCUGCGGCGGCCAAAAGUCCGAGUUCGACUGCGUGUCGAGUCUCGGCCAGGACAAGGCCAAUAGCGCAUUUGCUAAGCAUUGGGACACCUGGAUUACAGAGGAAGAUAUUAACGAGAUCCAAAGCUAUGGUCUUAACACCAUCCGUAUUCCGGUUGGGUACUGGAUGAAAGAGGAUCUUGUGUACCGCGACAGCGAGUAUUUCCCACAGGGCGGAUUCGAUUAUCUCGAGAGACUUUGUGGAUGGGCUAGUGAUGCCGGUCUGUAUAUAAUCAUGGAUCUGCAUGGUCUUCCAGGGGCGCAGACGCCUGAGAACCCGUUUACGGGCCAGUAUGCUUCGGAGGCCGGAUUCUACGAGGACUAUCAGUAUGAGCGCGCACUGAAGUUUCUCGAGUGGAUGACGACCAAUAUCCACCAGAACGACAACUUCCGUAACGUGGGUAUGCUGGAGAUUGUCAAUGAGCCGGAGCAGGAAGAAGAUAAGGCUGCUUCUGUGCGUGCGGGUUACUACCCGGAUGCAUACCGACGUAUCCGUUCUGCGGAACGAGAACUAUCAGUCAACAGAAACGACUACCUGCACAUCCAAAUGAUGGACGAAACCUGGGGCUCCGGCAAUCCCAACCAGUACCUGGAUGACCUCUAUUACGCUGCUUACGACGACCACCGGUACUUGAAAUGGGCUAAUGUCGACGCUUCUCAUGAUAGCUACAUCAGCACUUCCUGCAGUGAUGACCCGGGCAGUAACACUCCGCUUAUCGUGGGUGAAUGGAGUUUAGCCGUCGCGGAUGAUAUCGAGUCGGACUCGGACUGGGAUCCGGACUCGAACACUGAGUUCUAUAAGAAGUGGUUUGCGGCACAGAUUACUGCGUAUGAAAAACAGCAAGGAUGGGUGUUUUGGACUUGGAAGGCUCAGCUAGGUGAUUAUCGGUGGUCGUAUCAAGAUGCGGUUUCGGCUGGUGUGAUUCCUACUGAUCUCAACUCAGCUCUGGAUAUGGGAGUGUGUCGGUAA